AUGCAAUUUAUGCUAAAGCCUAAAGGUGGUUACACAGAUUAUGCAGGUUCAUCAACAUCUGCUAACAAGCAAAGUGAUAGUAAAAAUGAAACUACCUAUGUUGAAGAGUAUUCCCCACGUAACAAGAUACAAUUUGAAGAUAGUGAUAAAUUAGCACAUCUAGCACCAUCUUUUAAGGAGAGGACGCUGCAGGCACGCAGAUCUAUACACACAACAUCUUUCAAAGUUCAGAAAGUGGAAACGGAAGAUAAAUCUGCAGAUCAAUUUGUUGCCAGUAGCAGCCCGUACAUGAGGAACUCAUAUGAUCAUGAUAGUGAUACAACACCAGAAAGGCAAAGGCAGGCAUCUCCUCUAUCUGAACCUAUCAGUCCAUCUGCACAUUCAUCUUCCUCUUCCUCCUCCAAAACCACCUCCACCUUGAAACUUGGGCACAAGCUAUCAGAAACAGUGAAGGGGAAAUUGAGUUUGGGAGCAAGAAUCAGUCAAAAGGGUGGGAGGGCCAAUAUUUUCAAACAGAUAUUCGGCAUUAGCCAAGGAGAAGAGCUCUUGAAGGCCUCCCAGUGCUACUUAUCUACCACCGCCGGUCCCAUUCCUGGCCUCCUUUUCAUUUCCCAAAAGCUUGCUUUAUGCAGCGAAACACCUAUCACUCUCCCUUCUCCUUCUGCUCCUUAUGCUGCUGCUAUUGCUGGACAACUACAACUCCUCAGAACGCAUUACAAGGUUCAGAUACCAAUAAGGAAGAUCAAAACAGCAAACCAAAGCGAGGAUGUCAACAAACCACAGCACAAGUACAUAUUUACCCAUGAUGAUUUCGAUUUCUGGUUUAUGGGAUUCUUGCGCUACGAUGAAGCUUUCAGAAAUCUUCACAAGGCCCUUUCCAUCGCCAACCAUAACCACAACUAGAAAAUGCGGGCAGCACAUUAGCUUCCAUGUUUAUUUUCCUCAAGGUUUUAGU